AUGGUGAAGGAAAAAAUGCCUGGCAGUGUAGCUAGUUUCUCAUAUGGAAGCACAGACAACACAUUCUUGUCAAUGACACUCUGCUUCAAGCCUGCUAUAGAAGGAUUCUUGGCUGGAUGUAGGAAAAUCAUUGGAUUGGAUGCUUGCCAUUUGUAUGGGAAGUAUGGUGGUGUGUUACUGGUUGCAACAGGUCUAGAUGGUCAGAAUGGUUUAGUACCUCUUGGUAUAAUGAAUUUCAAGAAGUAUUUCAAGUCAUACAGCUUACAUGUUCAUUUCUGGAAUGCUGCCAAAUGUUACAAGAAGAGACACUAUCAGCAACACAUGGAUAAAUUAUUUGCUGAGGAUGAAAAAGCUGCACUGUAUGUCAUAGAUCAAAAACCUGAAAGCUGGUCUAGGUCUCAUUUCUCAAAUGACAGCAAGUGUGAGCACAUCAACAAUAAUUUCUCAGAGUCUUUCAACAACAUGGACAAGCCCUUUAGAGAUAAUCCAAUCAUUACACUUGCAAAAAUGUAUAAUAAACUGGUGAUGGGUCUUUUCUUCAAGAGGAGGAAUGAAAGUGAAAACUGGCAGGAUGGUGAGAUAGUUCCAAAGGCAAUGAAGCUGAUUACAAAGAUGCGGGACUUAAAUCAUAUGUUUGAGUUAACUGGAUCUAUAAGGGGAAGGGUGUAUGAGGUCAGGAGUGUUCAUGAUGUUGUGUUUGUUGUGGAUCUUUCCAAAAAGAGCUGUAGUUGUUUGCAGUGGCAGCUAAGGGGAUUUCCCUGUCAACAUGUUAUAGUUGCUUUAACACCAUUGAGACCAAAUUGGGUUGACUACUGUGACCCUGUAUACAGUGUGGAAUACUACAAAAAGACAUAUGCUCCAGAGUUUGAACCACUGUCAGCUGAAAUUGACUGGAAUAUACUGGUAGAGUUCAUUAAUCCUCCUGUUAUCAUAAGAAAAACUGGAAGGCCAAGAAAGAAGAGGAUUCCUUCUUAUGAUGAAGCUGGAAGUGUGAAGAAAAUGAGAAAGUGGAAGAAGUGUGGAGUUUAUGGUCACUAUGCAAUAACUUGUGCUGGUGGAGAGGUUGGAAAGAAUCCAAAGGGAGAAAAACCUAGAACCUGUGCAUCUACUACUGCUAAGGAUGGAAUGAAGAACCAAAACAAUUCAGAAUCUUCUAAACAAGGUGAUGCAAAAGGGAGAAAAAGAAAGGCUUCUUCUCAACCUGCUUUCAAUCAGACUAAUCAACAUGUUGGAUCUGUCAACAACAAAGUCACCUUCAAAGUUGCAGAUCCAAAGGGAAAGAAGAAACCAAAGAAGUACAUGAAAGUCUGA